CCUGAAAUGGGGAGAGCAAAUCGAGGGGAGCUUUUGGCAUUGCUGGGACUGCCAGCAGCCUGGGCAGGGCGGGCACCGGGCACAAGGGGGACCCCCAAUCCAAGUGUGACCCCAGCUGGUGGGACAGGGGGGAACCCCCAAACACCAGAGGGGAGCGUCGAGGGACGGGGAACUCCUGGGAGGCUUUUUCAGGGCUGAAUCUUGGUGUUUGGGAGGUUUUUCUUUAGCCCAGGUGGCCAGUGAUUGUAGUGAUGGACUUCGGCAAAAGGGACCUUCAAUCUCAAUGUGAUUUGGGAACGAUGAAACAGGAAAGCCUUAUAAAUAUGAUUCUCUGGCAAAAGAUUUUGAGAAUAUAGAAAGUGUAAGGAAGAUUGAAAUGAAAGCUAGGUUUGAGAUAUCUCAGUUAGUGAGCAACUGGAAAACAAUGGUGUGGCCCAACUGAAGGUAAUCCCCUUUUGAUGAAACAAUUCCCUCUGCUUGCAGGCAGGUCCAGACCCUACUAGUUCAGCAGAAGGGGUCCAAAGAAGAGAUUUUAGUGUUGAAAAUUUAACACAGUAUGGUGAUGUAUUGAUUCUUAUAGGCUGUAUGUAAAUGCUCUAGGAUUUGUAUCUUGUACCAGAUUGGUAAGUGAGAAAUAGAAUAUUCAACACAGAAGAAAAUUAAUUGUAUUGUAAUGGGACCCUUACUCUCUUACGCUCUUCUCCUCUUACUUUCUUACCCUCUCAUCCUCUCUACCCCUCUCUUCUCUUGGGCCUGCUCCGAGCUGUGCCUGGCAGCUCCAAGCAGGGCCCUGCACCCAGGCCCUUUGCAAUAAAUCAAAAGUUUCACGACCUGGCUGCAGAGAUCUCUCAUCUCCGUCUGUCCCGACCGUCCUACUUCCCGACAGUCCUACAAACGCUCUCAUCCCUUGUUUUCCCCAAACCAGGAUUUCCCAUUGUCAGCCCUACGGAGGCUGCAAGGAAGAGGAAGAUGCCCCAGGACACUAAAGCAGAGCAGGAGCUGAGCAUGGAGAGCAGGGAGGACAAAUGCCCGCGGCAGAACCUGGUGGCAGAGGCCGUUUUGAGCGGCUCCACGGCGCAGGAAGCCAACGGGGAGGAAAAGCCCCGGAGAUGCCGCACAAGGAGGGGCUGCAAACGCAGCUGGCGGGGAUUUGAGGGGGAAAGAGCCAGCCUGGGCUGGGAAGGCGGCCGGAGACGGAGCCAGAGCUCGGAGCUGGUGCUCCAUGAGCAGCUCCAUGAUGGGGAGAAGCCCCACACGUGCGUGGAGUGUGGGAAGAGCUUCAGGCGGAACUCCGACCUGAUUGUGCACCAGAGGAUCCACACUGGGGAGAAGCCCUACGAGUGUGGGGAGUGUGGGAAGAGCUUCAGUGUGAGCUCCCACCUGAUCCAGCACCAGAGGAUCCACACUGGGGAGAGGCCGUACAAGUGUUCCGAGUGUGGGAUGUGCUUCAACCAGAGCUGCAGCCUGAUCACACACCAGAGGAUCCACACUGGGGAGAGGCCCUACGAGUGUUCCAAGUGUGGGAAGAGGUUUCCGACCAGCUCCAGUCUCCUCCAGCACUAUCGGAUUCACAGAGAGGAGAGGCCCUUCCAAUGCCCUGACUGUGGGAAAGGAUUCAAGAACAACUCCACCCUCAUCACCCACCAGCGCAUCCAUACAGGGGAGAGGCCCUACGAGUGUGAUAAAUGCAGGAUGAGGUUUAAGUCCAGCUCCCAUCUUCUCCGUCACUAUCGGAUUCACAGGGAGGAGAGGCCCUUCCGCUGCCCCGUCUGCAGGAAGGGAUUCAAGCGCGACUCCACCCUCGUCAGGCACCGGCGCAUCCACACAGGGGAGAGGCCCUACGAAUGUCCCCAGUGUGGGAAGAGCUUCUCCAGGAGCUCUCACUUGACCCGACACCAACGGAGGCACCACUAAGGGAAGCCCUGCGAGUGCCCCGAGUGCGGGCAGAGCUUUGUGCGCUGCUCCAGCUCCAUCCCCCAGUGGAGGAGGCACUUUGGGCACAGCCCUGGUCACUCACAUUCCGUGUGAUCCAUGUUGGGAACACACCUGGCUGCUUCGCCUUUUGGUUUGGCCUUAAUUUUCCUCUCCUUCACCUUCAUCCUUUAAAAACACCCCAAACUGGUUUAAAUGAAGGAAAUUGAUCAAAUAUAUCUGCAGUUCCAUAAUUUCUCAGUUGUUUUAGAGGGAAUUUAGGAUUUGGGGACACGUUCUAUAUGGAGUGCUGGUGUUGCUAACAGGCAGGAAUUUGAUCUCACCCUUCUUGUGUUUCUCAGAACUCCUCCCCUGACCCAAACCUCAACUCCACCCUUGGGAUACCGUAUAAAAACUCCACAGCCCUGCCUUUGCCCUGUCUUUGGGGGGUAAGAAAUGGAUUCCCAAAGGAUCAGCCCUUUUCCAUCUGGAUUCCCAGAGGAUCAGCCCUUUUCACACUGGAUUCCAAGAGGAUCAGCCUUUUUCACUGCAUUCCCAGAGGAUUCUGAUUCUGUCACUGUUUCUUUUUGUUUCUAUUACUGCAUUGUAUUUUUAAUUUUUGCUAAUAAAGUACUGGUUUUUCUGCUCCCA